UAGUCAACACGUAAAGAAGUGCACCUCAGGACAAUAACAAUCCUUGAAAAGUUGUAAAUGUCAAUCACUAACGAUUUGUCAGGUUCUAUUCAUUCUAUAAGAAAUGCUUGUAGUUAUCUACAGAAAUGUCAAAACAUCAACGGAAUCGAAGUUCAAGCCCUCAAAAGAAAGUCAAAGGCCCCAUACCAAUCGUUUUGGACAAGUCGCCAACGAAAAAAGAACAGAUUCAAAUGUUACAAACCGUGAAGGAAAUGUUUGACGGUCAGAUAGAUCCAGAUGUUAUCCAAAUGGUGCUAAUAGAAAAAUCAUGGAUAGUGGAAGAAGCAGUGGAAUUUUUAUCUUCUAUGGUACCAUUAAGUGACAAGCCAGUGAAAACUAGCUCCUUGUCAGAACUUGAUUUGAUAGCCUUCAGUUUACUUGAUACUGUUGAACCAACAAGUGAAGUAGUCAAAAGUCAGCAACAGAUUCUGGAUAGUGUAGAGACGACAGUAGCAUCAUCAGCUGUAAAUGAAUCACUUCCUAAUCAAGAUGUUGUUGUAAUGACCACAGCGACAAAUAGAGAAGAAAAAAUUAAAAGUCAUAAAAAUGUUGCUUUAACAUCCAUAGCAAAAUCCUCCAUGGGUUCUUCGAAUAAUACUACUACUCCUGUAAAAAAAGAAAAUAGAAAAAUGAAGGAGAAAACCCCAACACAUGCAUCAGAUCAUGUUAAGAAAUUACCCCAAAAGUUUAUAAAAUCACAUGUCAAGGGAAAUAACUCUUCAAUCACUCCCAAAUCAAUGUCCAGCAAUGACUCCAGGGAGACAGAGUCAUCUUCUUUAGGUACUUCCAUGACACAAGUGUGUGAUGCCAAAGAAGAUCAGACGAAAGUUGAAAUUCAGAAUGGUUUUAAUUUUGAUGCCUUUAAUAAAUUUAUCCCACAAUCAAACUCUGUCACAGAAGAUUCUUUGCAGUCUUAUAUGGCCUUAUAUGGUGGAUCAUUUGGGUUAUCGAGCGAAGUUUUAAAUGCAUCUGCUACAUGUACAUUGACUGAACCACUGGUUAAUCAUCUUUCACAUGUAAAUACAUGUACUAGUAUAGACAAACAGCAGACUGAAAACCGUCAGAUAACAGAUGCAGAUAAAUGUGGACCAGAUGACACCUGUCACAUCAUUCACGAUAAUUACACAUGUAAAUCUAGGCCAAAUACUUGUGACGAUAAUGGCAAAGAUUUCAUCAGCUCAAAACCAAUCCUUGGUGAAUUAUCUAAAGGUCAUAUUAAAAAGACAAAAGGUCAACAUGCACAUUUAAAUAUUGUUAAAAACAGAGAUAAAACAUUGAGGGAAGUGACAAAUACCCAAUUUAAAAAGGAUUGUGACCAAACUAAAAGUAGUCAUUCUACAAUCAUGGAUGAUAGCAGUAUUGUUAUGGCUUAUAAACAUUUACCAGUAUCCACUUCAACUUCUGUUACAUAUGAUCGUUUGAAAGAUAUGAUGGGAAACACAAAGUAUGAAACAUCAAAUACAUCUGUUAAUACUAACUGCGAUACAACAGAUCUAAAGCAACUUUCUCCACAAGCACCAGUUUUUGUUCCUCAGCAGCCGGGACUACACUGUGAUAAGUUGGAAUCAAGUUCUUAUCUUGGAGAACCCUUUUUUAUGAUGCCUAAGGGACCCCAUUUUUCUACACCUCAUCAAAGAUCAACCACUUCUCCCAGACCAUCUACAUCCAACCGUAUAAGACCAAAACUACCCCAACAAUUGCAUUAUGGUCAGAGAUAUCCCCAUGUUCCUUUUCCAAGGAUGCCAUAUAUUCCAAAAACCAUGCCAAAAAUAUCGGAAGACGGUUUUGUGAGAGUGGUCAACAAACAUGCCUAUCAUCAUAUGAACAAUAAGAAGGUUUUAUCACCAAGGGAGUUGUUGAGUAAUUAUUUAAAAGAAGGAAAGUUAGUCCUUGUUUUAUUACGAGGAUUACCUGGAAGUGGCAAGUCACAUUUAGCAAGAGAGAUUAAAGGUAACGGUAUAAUACUAUCAACAGAUGAUUAUUUUAUACAAGAUGGUAUCUAUAUGUUUGAACCUAAUGACCUCCCUACAGCUCAUAUAUGGAAUAGACAGAGGGCUAUAAAUGCCAUGGAAGCUGGUACCAAUCCUGUUAUUAUAGAUAAUACUAAUACCAAGAUAUGGGAGAUGAAACCUUAUGCUAAAUCUGCAUUACAGAAUGGAUAUAAUAUUGUUAUAAUGGAACCAGAUACACCAUGGAAAUUUAAAGCCAGAGAAUUACAAGCGAAAAAUAUACAUGGAGUGAGUAAGGAUGUUAUACAUAAAAUGAAAGAUAGAUAUGACAAGAAUGUCACUGUUGAACAACUUUUAUCUACUAAUACAGAUAGAUCUAUUCCAACUCAGUUAAAAUCACAAGGAGAAAAGACAAUACAGCCACAGAUGGUGAAAGAAGAGGAAAUGAACAAAACUCUACAUGUCCUAAAGAAGGGAAAUAACAAUAAUUCUGUGUUGGAAAAAAAUUUUGAUGAUACAGGUCUUAUCUCUGAUAUCAAAAGAGAAAGUGUUGAAGAUUCUGAAGAAUCAUUGCAAAACAAUCAAGAAAAAGUUGACUCUAAUAAGACUAAUAAUUCAUGUCACAUAAAACCGAAAACAGAAAUGACUGAGAUUAGUCAACUGCAUUUGACUAGUGAUUUGUUUUGGUCCAAUCCAACAGAUACAAAUACCUCUGUUAAACCACUUAGCCCAAAACCUAAAAGAAAUAAAAGAGUGCGAAAUAAGUCAUCUGAAAAUUCUCAAACAGAUGGAACAACUGAAUCUACAGACAUUAAAGUUGAAAAAUCAGAAAAUAAUUGUAAUGAUUUUAAUCAAAAUUUCCAGUCCAUUAAAAAAGAAAAAGAUAUUGUUUUAAAUGAUAGUUGGAAUAUGGAUAAACUAAUUUUAAACCCUUCCGCGGAUGAUAAACAGAUUUCUGAAAAGAUUGACCCAGUCCGAUCAAUACAUAAAGUCAAUAAAGAAAGUGGAACAAAUGAGUUUCACGAUACUGUUUUAGGCCCUGAUCUUAUUAAUACAGAGGGGGGUUGUGAUGUUGCAAAUACAGUUUCUAUAGAAAAACAAAACCAAUUUGCUGCAGAAGUUUCUGAAACUUUAAAAGAAAGUGAAAAAAAGGAUAUGGAAUUCCUUGACAAGGAAGGAAAAGGAGAUGGUGGAGAUGUUGAUAAGAAAGAUUUAGUGUCUUUGGUGAUUGAUAGUUCUGGUAAAAGUGACAACACAUCCGAUUCAGCAUCUGCUAGCAACUCGCCAAAACCAAAAUCUAGAAAAAAGAGAAAAAAUCGUGUUGCCCUUAUUGAUAAAGAAUUGAAAAAUAAAUUUAAAUCACAAACUUGGAAUAGUUUUGCUAUUGAUGAAAACCAGAACACUUCAAUAGUUAUACCUCUUGUGUCAGACGUCAAAAAAGAAACCAUCGAAACUUGUGAUGCUUCAACACAUACUGAUGGUUCACAUUUAGAUGAAUCGAAAAAAGAUUUUCUAAAGACAAUGUUUGUAAAAAGUCGUGAUAUCAACGAAUUAACACCUAUCAGAGAAAAUUCUUCUGUUAAUAAAAGAGUAAAUAAACUUGACCGGGGCUGCAACACGGACAAUAUUUUAUCUUAUCUACAGCCUAAUUUAGACUUUUUACGCAACAGUUUCCCAGAUUUAUCUGAGAUGUCAAGGCAAGAGGUCUUGGAAAUGUGUCAUAAUGAUGUGGAAUGGGCUAUUAAUUUGAUUUUAGAUUGUGAUUCUUUGUCUUUGACAUCUUGCGAUAAAGAAGAAAUUGCAACAGAAAUGCUCAAGCUUAGUAAAAGUGUUUCUUUAUCAAGGUCGGACGAUACCCAGCAUGCCGAAAAUAUAAAUGCUACUUCUCCUACAUCUCUCUUCGAUAUUUGUAGAAAAAAUAUUAAAUUAUAUAAACUCGAAACAAAUGAAAUUCAGAAUGAUUUAAUCAGAAAUGGCAUGAAAAGAUUAGAACAGAUUGAAACUCAUGGACUAAAAAGAAUGAGAAGUGUUUCACAGGACGAUGUUGAUAAUGAUCUUUUUAAAGGUGCAUCAGGACGAUGGAUUAAUAAAACGAUAGUACAAAACCCUGAUUACUAUACUUCAAUGAGUUAUUUUUUGAAUGAAGAUAGAUUACAGUGUGAAGGGGUGCUUGAAUCAACAAACGAUCUUGAAAUGCUUGCCGAAUAUGAUGAUAGCUCUAAUGAUUCUAAUGAGGAAUAUGUUAAUGAGAUUCAAGGUCAAAGGUUGACAUUUGGAAAUGAAUCUUCAAGUUCACCUCUUAAAACUAGUAACUUGCAACAUCUUGAACAGUUGACUGGAAAGUGCUCAAUCGAUAUUAAUUCAGAAAAAGACUUUGUUUCUACUAGUAAUAGUGCUGUGACAGAAAAUAGUUCUGUAUGUGUAGAUAGUAUUAAUACACAGAACCAAUCAAAAACUAGUAAUGAUAAAGCUGAGAUUAGUUUACCAAUGGUUGAUGAUAUUGGAACUGAAUUAUCUAUAUCAUUAUCAUCAGAUUUUGUACAUCAAUUAGAACAAUUAUUUGGCCACAUAAUACCAGCUCACUCAAAAUCAAAAUCAGAAGAUCAGGAAGUAUUUUUAGAUCUAAAGGCAGCUAAACAAAUUCAUCGAUGUUUGAAAUCUACAAUAGCAAAUGGCAGCAUAGAGAAAAAAAGGCAGCUUAUGAAUGAUGAAGCAUUAGCUAGAAUAAUACAAGAAGAUGAGGAUAAAAAAACAGAUAAUACUAAAAGGAAAAUAAAGCGUAAAAAUAAAGGUGUAUCAUUGGGUGAUAUUAUACAAGAAGAACUAGAUCGACAAGUGGUUAGAGAAAAACAUCUAAAGUAUUUAGAAUCUACAGGAGACCACAUUGCCAUAGCAACAAAAUUAAAAAGACAGAAACUGUUAGAAAAGUUCCCAGGUCUAGAAGAAGGGCUUUUUGAAGAAAUAUUUCAAGCUAAUGGAUAUAGUUAUGAAGAUACAGAUACAGCUAUUAAAUCUGUUAUUGGUCCAGUGAUGACACCAGGAGCUGAAGAAGAAUAUUACAAAAAACUUAUAGAUGAAGCUAAACAAAAAAGUCUGCUAGAUUUGUUGGAGACACCAUCAUAUAAACAAGUCCAGCAUCGUGAAUAUCAAACGUUUGAUUCGGAUGAUGUAAAUUACCAGGAGCUUCGAGGUGAAGCCAAUCUUCAUCAUAUGCUCCGACAAAAUUGUUUUAUAAAAGCUAAAGAAGCCUUUCAACGUGGUAUGCCAGAAGUCUCAUCAUUCUAUGCACAACAGGGCCAUCUUCAUAGCACUAAAGUCAAAGAAGCAAAUAAGAGAGCUUCACAAAAGAUAUUAGAUAUGAGACGAAGUGAAGUACAAGAUGGUAUGACAUUAGAUUUACAUGGAUUCCAUGUGGACGAAGCUAUAUCAGCUCUCAAUAAAGUUAUAGCUCAGAAAGAAAGAGAGAAUUUUUUGAGACCUGAAAGAAGACGCACCCAUUUCUUCGUUAUAACAGGUCGAGGUUUAAAUAGUCGAGGUGGUGUAGCUAAAAUACGACCAGCUAUAAUCAACUUUUUAUCGUCCAAUAACUUCAGGUAUGCAGAAGAGAAACCAGGAUUUUUUCGAAUUCAAUUAAGAGAUAAGAAUUUAUAAACAAUAUAAGAGUUUUUGAAAUUAGUUAUUUGCCAAGUUACUAUGUAUUGGAAUGCUGCAUUUAGUUCCAGUUGACAAAUCAUGAAAAGCAGCUUUUGCAGCAUUCAGGUUUCCUAGUUCGAAAAUGCGGAAAUAAAAUGUACUCCAAGUUGACCUCACCCCAAGGAAAGAUGGAGUGUAGUUGUUUUGGAGCUUAGGACUCGAUAAUUGGAUGUUAGUGAUCAUGUGCCACAGGUGCACCUCUACCCUACUAUUUUUGUUGUUUUAUACAUAGGUAUUAUUCAAUAAGUUAAAAAAUUCGGAAAUGUUGAUUUGUUGUUCCUGUCACAGAAAUGAUGGGUACAGUAUGGUGGCCCAUGGUCGCAAUAGUGUUUUGGGGUUAUUUUUUGUAUUUCAUUUAAAGUAAUAAAAAAUAUUAGUAAAAAAAAAAAGAGAAACCAAAAAUUUUUUAUUUCUUUUUAAAUUUACAAUAAAGAAAUCUUUUAAAAUUUAAAAUAAAGAAAAGAAAAGAAAUAAAAUUUUAAAUGAAAAACAAAAAAUAAUUCCAGACAUGGCCUGUGGUCGCAAUAGCGUUUUGAGUAUCCAGACCCAGUAUACAGCAAGACUAGAGCGACCAGAAAUACUUUGUGGCCCAUUGUUGCAGUAGUGUCUUGAUUAAAUUAUAUAUAGAUUUAUUUUAGAUUUUUAAAAGAUUUUUAUUUUAAAUUUUACAGAUUUUUUUUUUCUUAUUUUUUAUUACUUUAAAUGAAAUACAAAAAAAAUAACCCAAAAAUGCUAUUGCGAACAUGCGUCUCCAUUGUACAGGCAGAAAUAUAAACACUGCCAAAUUGUUUAUUUAUUGUAUAUAUUUGUUAAUAUGUUGAUUUUAAUCCAUUGACAUGCUUUUAUUUUAUUAAUAAUGACAAACUUAAAUGGCAAAGAAUUUAAAUAUAUUUUCAUCCUCAACUUUUAAUGGACAUAAUUUAAUGUAUGACUUGUUGGUUUAGUUUGAAAGAACAAGCACUACCGUAAUAAUUAGUUCUGAUUAAUGGCCAUUUUUACCGAAAUUGGUCUUACAGAUAUAUCUACGCACACUAUUUGAAGAGUCUUGUAAGAUUAUUUUUGUGAUGUCAUUAAUAAUGGAAUUCAAUUAUUUAUUUUGAGGAUUCUGUUAUACUUUUGUAAAUAUCGACUUGUGUCAGUUAAAUUCAUAAUGUAAAAAUGUUGUUUAAUGUAUAUAUUUGUUAAUAAAAUAUUAUUUUUAUUUGACAAA